AUGGAAGUAUCUCAAGUAUACCAUACUCCCAAGGUGAGAAGUAGGAAAUCAUCAUCAUCCACUUCAUCCGUAUCAAGCUCACCAAAGUUAAAAUCACCAUCGGGUAUAAAGGAAGAUACUCCUUCAUCACGUCGUGAACCAACUAUUAUUAAAAGACGUAAUUCCCAUUUUGUAUCUACUUCAUCACCAUGGUUUAGAAGAAAUUCCUUCUUGUCACCUUCAAUGAUUCAAAAUGAAAAUUUCUCUGUUUAUGAAGCUCCUAAUUUUUAUAGUGAAUCAUCAAGUACAUAUAAUAUAAUUUCAUUACGAGAAUGUCAAGGAUUCUUAUUUAAUCAAGAUUUAUUUGCUACUCCAUAUCAACAAUCUAAAUCAUUAGCUCAAGAACGGAAAGUUCGAGAAUUAUCCUUUAGUAAAUCAAAAUCAAAAUCAAGAUCGAAUUCAAGAUCUCAUUCAAAAUCAAAAUCAAUAACUCCUUCCGAUUCCUCCAAUUGCAUUAAUCAAGACCAACCACCUCAAAACCGUCCGUCAGAAAGAAGACAUACCUCAUAUCAUGCUCCCAGACCCAGCUUUUUAAGACCUAGUGAUGAUAGCGCCAUCAUUGAUGAUGAUGAUGAAGAUGAUGAGGUUGAAAGUAAUGUAAGGGCUGCCGUGGAAGAUAUUGAUAUGGAAAUGAGUCAACGUAAUACCAUUGUGAAUAAAUAUAAUGAGGAAGAAAGUGAAGAGAGUGAAGACGAUGAUGAUGAUGAUGAUGAUGGAAUAGAUGAUGAUGAUGAAGAUGAUUAUGAAGAAAUGCAUGGGUAUGGUGGUGAUUCAAAUAAUAGAAGGUAUAAAGUUCAUGUCACUGAAAUAAUAGUGGAUGAGGCUGAUAAUGAUAUCUUCCCCAAUUGA